AUUGCACUGAUGCCAUUGUAAACAAUCAUCUUUAGCAAAUGGUCGCCACAUUCGCCAAAUUGUAGUUUGCUGUGAUAACAAUGAUAAAUACGGCCAAGUACUUUGCUAUUUUAGAGAGUUUGAAGUUUACUAAGGCUCUUGCAAAUACAGCUAAUAACUCAGGGACUCCCGACGCCUUGGAAUUCAACCUGCGAAUUUUGGAAAAAUUUGCUAAACUCGAGAUUGGUCAGCAAUUGCAUGAGUUAUGCCAGGAAUACCAGUUAACGGACAUUCAGGAAUCCAGUAUAGAUCCCGAAGCGGAACCUACUAUAUCCUAUAUAGUGAGACUGCAACAUGUGCUACAUUCGAUCACGAGAAACAUUAAUUUUCACAGCGACGCUAAGGAGGAUCUUAUUUCGGUGGCGCACCUGAAACUAUGUAUCCAGGCUUCCCAAGAACUAUCAUAUUACUCGCUUCGAUGCCAGUUACAUGAGGAUUUCUACAAAUCGCCCAUAUUUCGUGAGGCCCGGGAGAAAGUUAAGGCAAAUUCUUCAUUGCUGCUUCUAAGCAUUCAUUUCUAUAUAAAACUACUGCCUAUUCGACAAUACCACAUAGCCAACUCAAUGGAGCUGGUGCAAAGGGAUCUUCUGGCGGCAAUUGUAAGUCUGCGUGUGCAGCAUGACUUUCCACAGCUGGAUAAGGCUAUAGCCUACCUCUGGCAAUAUGAAUCGAAAGCAGAUUUUUUUCGCCACAUUCUGCUCCUCAAAGCCACACCUCUCUGCGCACCUCUUGCCCAAUUAUUGCAUCGUCAACUCCUAGGAAAGCUUAACUUACCCCAAGGAUUCGCUAGUCUUGUUGAGGCACUUCAUCAAACUCCCAAUGUGAGUUCUACCAGAAAUGCGGAAAUUGUUGCUAGCAUUGUGGCCAGGAAAGGAUUUUCUCAGUUAGCACAAGAAAAGAUGAUUCUUCAGGUGUUGGAUUAUUGUAAAAUCUAUCUCCAAAAUGAAGACAAAAUGUGCGCUGGGGUUCUAUCGCUCAGAAGGCUGUACGAUUUAAGUGAUAUAAAUCGAAAGCAGAUAGAAGAAAUAUUAUCUAAGCACUGGAAACCCAUUUGUAACCCUGAAGAUAUUAUUAAUGGUCUAAUCUUAAUGGAACACCAGGAACUGUGCAAUCACAUCCUCUUAUGGCACCAAAUCUUCUGUUUUUCAACCGUGGCCUGCUUGCCUAGUAGUCUACUUAUUCCUUACCUUCCUCUGCUCCUUCAACUAUACGAUAGCCUACCACUGGAGUUGCCGGGCUCAUCGCAGCUUUCUGCCAUUAUAUUGCGUUGUCUGGACAAUAGAGAGACGGAAAAAGAAUUACCUGCGAUACUACAAAAGCUGUUUAAAUGGGAAAUUGAAAAGGAACAUCCUUGGAAGAGUUUAAAUCCUCGCAUUAUAAUCCUGCCUUCCAUAAACGCAAAUCAAGUUCAGGUUAAAGUAGCUCACAAAGAUCAUAAAGUAGUUCACGACAUAGGCAGGAUAUUGCCCGGUCUACUCACAUCCAGCUCUCAUCAUUCCCUAACUUGCAAAGUUUUUCUUACUCUUCUGGGCUUCAUAGGUAAACAGUUAAAUGAUAAAUCUUCAGCCAGCGUAGAUUUCAUUUCAUCAGAAGCAGAGCUCAACGACUUUUUGCACUCCAAAUAUCAACUCAAACUAGAUUUGCUCAUUGCUUUAAACCAGAUGGUAGCCCAUCAACCAUUAAGAGCUCAGCUAUCUCAGCAUACUAAGAAGCUUCUACAUAUACUAAACGACUUGCUUGUGCACCGAUGUAGAGAGCAAGAUACCACGGAUCAGAUCCUUCUUCUGGUUCUGAACCUCUUGCAGGAAAUUCUUGAAGACAGUGAGAAAAUUCAACUUUCAAAAGACUGUAAAGAACUGAAAGAGCAACUGAACCAGUUGAGUACUCAAUCUUCCAACCCUCUAAUUCACCAGUCUGCACAAUCUUUGCUUGCAAUAAUUCACGGAGCAUGGCAACCAAGUGAGGUUGUUAAAAUACAACCUUUUCAAAAAGCUCGGUCCCUGAUAGAAGAAAAACAAUCCCACAUGCAAGUGUAUGGCAUUCAGAUGAUGAUCGAUUUGCUCAAAAAAAGAGAUCCCGCAACAUUAGCGCAGGGUCAACUUAUCAUAGCUUUAACCCUGACCACUCUUAAGGAAAAGGAAUCUUAUACCUUUCUGAAUUGUGUUCGGCUCUUUGUGUCGCUUGUUCAUGUUAUGGAGUCCGAUGUUCUGGACAAAUUGAGUGAUGAGUACCUAUCAGAGACGGAUCAGUUAGAUUACCGCCUUGUAGUGGGUGAAGCUAUUCUGAAAGUCGCUCAGGAGUUAGGUCCUCUUUGCUAUCGAUACAAGACUGUUCUUCUCAACUGCUUCAUGCACGGCUCCCGGUCUCCUGUUCACGAAUUUCGGAUGUCAGCCUUUUCCAAUCUUUCCCAGUUUUGUCGCCUGUUGGCCUUUCAGGUACAGAACUUCUUCCACGAGCUACUCCAACUUGUUAAUAUUGAAUUAACUACCGGAGGCUAUGUUCCCGCUAAGCGAGCAGCUGUUUUGGUCUUAGCUGAACUAUUGAAUGGUAUGGAGAAUCUUCUGGAUUACCAAGAAGUGUUACUACCCAUUUAUCGACUCCUAAAAGCGAUUGAAGCGGAGGAAUCCUGUGAUCCUCAAAUGCGUCAGCAUGCGGCAAACGGUCUAAAAAUUUUAAACGAAAAGUGCACAAAACUGAUACAAUCUGCCUUGGGGGAGCAAUCUAUACAAAAAGAGAUUAAAGUAUUGGGCAUCAAGGACAGUGCUUCAGCUCAGAGAAAAAACCGUCACAUACUGGAACUGAAUUAAACGCUAUCUUAAAAACCUAAAAAA